CAUCCUCGACCAGAGACACGCCUUCGGUCCCCGACGCCAUCAUGAACGUCAACGAACCUGCCGUAGGCUCGGGCUCGCAGCCCUACAGCGCGAGGAACCGUGUGCCCAAUGUCCAGGAAUUCAUGCAGCGUCUCGAUGCCGACAAGAAGAAGCGAGAUGCCGAGAUAGACGCCGAACUCAAGCGCAACAGGCGCAACCCGGACGUCAAGACCCAUCGCAACGAGCUGGAAAAGAAGAAGGGAACACGCACGGUCCGCGAUCCUGUCACAGGAAAGGAUGUCGAGAUUCGUGAUGCGGACAUGGACUUUACCGAAGCCGUGGAAAACCCUCAGUUGUCCAUUCCCAACGAGAACCUGGGAAAGCAUGCUACCAUUGCCGCCACAUCCCAACAGUCUGGCGAGGAGUAUCGUCAUGCCCAAGACGUGACUGCGCCUCCGGAUCCUAUCCAAGAAGGCUCGACAUCGGACGUGCCUAUUCGCAGCGAAAAGACGUCUGUCCUGUUCUACAAGACGCCUUCGGUCAGCUACGAGCCCAUGUUUGCCAACCUUGAACUCCGCGCAAACCUGCUAUGUGCCGGAAUCUUCAUGGGCAUCGUCUUCUUUGGCCGGCUGUUUGGCGGCAGGAUGCUCGGUCUGAUACCCCUGGCCAUCUGCGUCACUUCAGGCGUCCAUUUGUGGGUAAAGGAGCUUAUCCGCCAGGGACGCGAUUUGGAGUGGGCAAGCGAGCAGGAUCGUGGCGAGACCGCCACCGUCAACUUGAUUCCCGAAUCUGUCGAGUGGAUGAAUACCGCAAUCGGCGUCUUUUGGGGCAUGAUCAAUCCUGAAAUGUUUGCCGGCGUUGCAGACACCAUAGAAGAUGUCAUGGCCGCUUCCGUUCCAGGUAUCAUCGAGGCCGUGCGGGUUGCCGAAAUCUCCCAGGGCAACAAUCCUAUUCGCAUUCUUAACAUGAGGGCUCUCCCCGAUUCCCAUGUCCAGGACAUCAAGGACGAGAUUCACAAGGAAAACGAAAAGAAAAUGGACGAGGACGAGCUCGCAGCCGUGUCACAAGCCGGGGCCUUUUACAAUCUGGAGGUCUCCCUCGCCUAUCAUGCCAAGCCAUCGGGGGCUGAUGUCUCCUCAAAGGCCCGAAACAUGGGCAUGCAGAUCGUCUUUUACUUGGGAGUCAAGGGCCUCUUUGGCGUUCCGCUUCCAAUCUGGGUUGAGCUGAUUGGCCUUGUCGCGACCGCGCGCAUCCGACUGCAGCUGAGCCCUGAGCCCCCGUUCCUCAAGACAAUGACCGUAACCUUGAUGGGCGUUCCCAAGGUCCAAGCUGGCUGCACCCCCAUGGUCGAAAAAGGCGUCAACAUUUUGAACCUGCCUCUUAUCUCCAACUUCGUCAACUGGGCCAUCAGUGCCGCGGCUUCCAUGUAUGUUGCGCCCAAGAGCUUGACCCUGGACAUCAGCAAGAUGCUCUCGGGCGAUGACAUCAAGAAGGAUACCGAAGCGCUUGGAGUUCUCUUCGUCAGAAUUCACAAAGCCACUGGCCUCAGCAAGCAGGAUCAGCGCGGCAGCAAGGGCGGCGGCUCCGAUCCGUACAUCACCAUCAGCUGGAGCAAGUUUGGCAAGCCCAUGUUCUGUACCCGUGUGGUUCAAGACAACCUCAACCCCAUCUUCGAAGAGACCUGUGGCCUGCUCGUUACCGGCGACUUGAUCAAGGCCGACGAACAGCUCUCUGUGGAGCUCUGGGACAGUGAUCGAUCAUCUGCAGACGACGAGGUGGGCAAGAUUGAGCUGAGCAUCCAAGAGCUCAUCCAGCACCCUGGCAAGAUGUUUCAAUAUUCAUCGACUCUCAAGGGUCUCAAAGCAGAAAGCGUCAUGCCUGGAGAGCUCCACUGGGAAGUCGGAUUCUUUGGAAAGACGCAGUUCCGCAAAGCGCUGCGCACUGACGGUCACAACCCCAACGUGGUCAAGGAGCUGGGCGACAAGCCAGAGUUCCAAGAAGACGUUGGCACGAUUCAAAACGCCGAGGAAGAUGCCGUGGUCCAUACUCCGCCAGACCCUCUUUGGCCCUCUGGAAUCCUUAGCGUCGUGGUUCAUCAGAUUGUGGGCCUGGAGCUUGCUAACGUCAAGGGCUCCCAAGGGAACCGCAAGGGCAAGGAGUAUGAACCAGCCAGGCCGGAGGCUGGCGAAGUCAAGGAAGAGCAGAGCAAGAAGCUUCCCAGCUCUUACUGCACAAUCCUCAUCAAUGACGACCUGGUCUACAAGACGCGAACCAAGGUCGUAUCGUCCCAACCCAUCUUCAACGCUGGAACCGAAAAGUUUAUCCGUGACUGGCGCUCUUGCAUCGUCACCAUCGGGGUUCGAGACUCUCGCAACAGAGAGCAUGACCCUCUCAUUGGCGUUGUUCCCCUCAAGCUGUCGGACAUUAUGCAGACGAGUAGCGAGGUAACCCGGUGGUAUCCUCUGGAUGGCGGCAUCGGUUUUGGUCGUAUCCGAAUCUCUCUCCUCUUCAGGUCUGUCGAACUGAGAUUACCGCCUCCGCAACUGGGUUGGGACAUUGGAACGUUUGAGUUCCUGUCAGAUACAAUCACCGUCACAAACUACGCACCGGCGAGCAAGGUCCGGAUCCGAAUGCGAACGGGAGGCUCAUCUGCCAAUGUCAAGAGGGAUCAUUCUUCCCGCGAGGGCGACGACAUGAAGUUUGACAUUAGCGCCCCCGAGGGCCAGAAGAAGCUUCGCCUGCCCGUGCGCUAUAGAUAUAAAUCACCUAUAUUUAUGGAGUUUUAUCCCGCUGGCAAACGCGGAGCCGAUGCGUUUGCUGCACUGUGGCUACUGGAGCUGGUGGACAAUGAGGAGAAGGAGUUUGACAUUCCUCUGUGGAAAUGCGACAACCCCCUGCGACUGUCGCAAAACUACAUCACGCAAGAGAACUACACUUCCGUCCCUGACUUGAACAUACAGGAGAUUGGGCGCGUCCGCUUCAGGGGUCGAUUCUCUGCUGGCACCGACCUGGAUCACCUCAGGUUCGUCACCGACAACGAUUCACGCGAAACGAUUGAGACGUGGGAGGCUUGCUACGCCGAGGGUGUGCGCCAGCUCGAAGUGCAGCCCGAGGUUCCUCCACUGACGCAGAAGCUACACGACGAAUCUCUGACGCAAGGCCGAGAUGUGCUUGCUCAAGCCGACGAUCAAGAAAAAGCCAAAUGGCUCUCCAAGGAUGGCACUGAUUGGAGCGGAGUGUUUGGCCAAGAUCCGGCGAAUGCGAUGAACAGGCCCAUGUCCAGCGCUGAUACUGAAGGUCAUGAGCAUUUCGUGGUAGAUACGGAUGAGGACGAUGACGACAACGACGACGACGAAGACGCGCAGGAGGUGAAUGGAAUUCGCCGAGCUGAAACUGACCCGACGUAUGGCUCCCCGCCAAUGGACGGUAUUGACGAGCGCCAGUCUUUUGACAGCCGCGCUUCUGGAGCAUCGAGGAACAGCACUGCCAGCACUGGGAGCAAAAACCCCAUCCGGGCGUACAAGAACUACAAGGAGAAGAGCCGGGACCUGCACCGCAAGCACCGCGGGCUGAUGCAGUGGCUCCCCAUGCGCAACGUGCAGUUUGCCAAGGACGAGGCCAAGUUUGCGGUCCGCAAAGUAAAGAAGAUGGGAUCGCUGAAUGGACGGAAGCCGGACGUCGAAUCUGAGAUUUGAUGACGUGCAACUUUACCCCUGCUGUUACUACCCUCUUCUCUUCUCGUUUCUCUUUUCUCUUUCACUUUUCCUUUGUUCGGGUUCGACUGUAGUUUUAUUGUACUGGAUGGCUUCCGGGGUGGACAUGCAGACCACGAACGAUUUAUGACCCUUCAUGACCUUUUUUUUAUUGGAAGUGUUGGGAUGCAACUAUCUAUUCGUUUACUGAUGACGAUUCUUUACACACACACACACACAC